AUGAACAGUGCAGCAGCGCACGUCGCUUGCAGACAGUUGGGCUUUGACUUCGGUGUUGUUUCUUCAACGCCGUGUGGUCAGUAUGGGGGCCAGAGCCAUUGUGGGGCCAGCGGUUCCGCAGUGGCCAUGAAGAAUUUGAAGUGCGGGGGUAGCGAGAUGAGCUUGAGCGAGUGCGAGUUCGAAGAUGCUGAUGAGGCAUGCUUCAGCCACAGCAGCGAUGCAAUUGUGUAUUGCGGUCUUGACAAUGCCGUGCCGUUUGUGAACGGCGAGCUGCGCUUGGUUGAUGGAGAUGGCGCUCCCGCUCUGCCGCAAGAGGCAGGGCGGCUGGAGAUGUACUUGGCGGCCAAAAGCGCUUGGGCCCCAGUGUGCAAAGUUGGGUUCACGAGCGGGGCUGCAGCUGUAGCGUGCAAGCAGAUGCAGUUCAGCGGAUCGUCGGGAUUUUCUGGUUGCCAGUCUGCUGGGCUGUGUGGUCGCGUGGCGCCAGAAGUGGCAGAGUUGGCUUGUUCGGGGCAAGAGGGCAGCGUGGUGCAAUGCCCCUUAGCCACAGGGGAUGACGUGUUCUGCGCGCCAGAGGAAUCUGUUGUGCUUUCCUGUGCUGGGGGUGGCAACCCAAUUGGACCCCCAGCAGCUCCUGCCAACGAGCCCGUGAUGUGA